AUAUAAUCGUUGUUACAGAGAUUUUGAUACUAUAAUUGGGGACACUUUGUUUAUUUUGAAACUACAAGCAUGGGCUACUAAAGGUUCAGAGUUUAUAGAGAACAAGCAUUCAGCUGAGUUCACACAGUGCCUAGUGGAAAUGACCAUGGUUAUGACCAAUGUCCAUGGUUAUAAUCUGUACCUAUAGUCUGGUCUAUCAGAGGGAAAAGUGCUGUAUUUAUUUUUGAUCAUAUUCUCACUGAUAUUCCCUAUUCAUCCGCCUAUUGGGAGAAACUAGGCUAAAUGUAAUAAUCCUUGUCACAAACGUCACUGAAUAGAAUCGUCUUUUAAAACUGAUAAGCAUAUAAACUAUAUCAUGUUUAUUGGCAAUUGUUGAUAUAACGAAUCAUAAUGUGUCCAAGUGUCCGCAGUGCUGUCCGUGAUAGUUUUCACAGUGAGACAGGAGGAAGUGUUUCAGUCCCAAACAUCACAGCAAAAAGGCGCCGUCUUUUUUCACUUUUCCUGCCUACAGGUCCCCACUCGGGACAAACUUUGCUCGUUUGCACCAACAUCAACAAGUUGCUAUGCAACAGCACCACGUCGCCAUGGUCGCCAGUCACGUCGAAAGUUACAACAAUGGCUGAAAAAACUUUAGGGAAGAAGCCCCUGCCAGGUGUCUUGGAGCAGAUCGGGGGGACCUAGUUUUUCCUAACCUUACCAUCGACUGCACCAUAUAUAAGGCUACUAACCACCUUUCCGAAAUGCUAUAGGUUGGUCUGGCUAAGAAAGCAGCAUCCAGACAAACUAAAGUUGCAGACCAGGAACAUACAAUGAUGAACAAACCCAAGAAACCUCUGUCCUCUGGUGGUGAGAGAUCCAACAGACCAGAGGGAAGACCGAUGGACAAGCCUGUCUCUGGCCCACCAAAGAAGCCCACGGUUGACCUUUCUGCUCAGGAGGAACAAUACAAACUCAUGAAUGCAGAGCUGGAGGCUAAAACAGCUGAAUUAGUAAGACAGGCAGAACAACUCAUGAGAGAACAGAAUGAAGUCUUUUCAAAACCAAUAUCUGCUAACCUGGUUAUUGAUAUUGAAGAUGAAGAGGAUGACUCCAGGAUGACUAAGCCUGAACAAAGUGCAACACAGCAGCCUGGUGUAAAGGUAGUGACCAAAAAAAGGGUCACAUCAUCUGCAUCACAUAACACAUGCACUGGAAAACAAAGAAAAGAGCAGCCACUUUCCUGCAGAACACAAACACCUAAGUCACCGCUUGCUGUUGAUGCAGCAGUUGUUGACAACUCAGUAGAUUGUUCCCUGGCAAACGCCAUACGCAGCAUAGAGGAGAAACUGGAUGAUCCUGCCAGUCAUGAGGAUGUUGUUGAUGAGAUGUCCAGCACUGGAGCCACCGCAGGAUCAGCUGCUCAGAUACGCAUUCUGAAGGCAAAACUGCGGGUUAUGCAAGAGGAACUGGAUCGAUUAUCUUAUGAAUGUUGCAAGAAGGAUGAGGAAAACAGUAAACUUUGCACAAAAAUAAAGGAGAUUGAGGAUGAUCGAGCCAGACUCCAGAAGACCACAAACAUCCAGCAAACACAGAUAGAGAAGCACCAAACUUUAGCAGAGGAGUCCGCCAGAAGAUGUGAUGGUCUUCAACUGCAAGUGGCUGGUUUACAGAAGGAAAUACAAGGUUUGAACAGAGCCCAGAAACAAGCAGCAGGCAACCACAGCACAGUAGAAGUCCGUCUGAACAGAGCCUUGGAGGAGGUGGAGAGGCUCAAGACCCAACUGAGUAAGACGAAGCAGAUGAGUAAGGACAAGAUGAACGAGGAGCAUCAGAAUACAGAAAACCUACUUGCUGAAAACAAGAUGCUGAAAAAGCAGAAAGCAGAACUCAUUGUGGGUUUCAAGAAACAGCUCAAGUUGAUAGACAUUCUCAAAAGGCAAAAAAUGCAUUUUGAAGCCGCCAAGCUGUUGUCAUUCACAGAAGAGGAAUUCAUGAAAGCUCUUGACUGGGGGAAGUCCUAGAGCAGAGGAAGAAUCAGCUUCAGAUUUCAUUUCUUGGACAAAGAAAGCAGCCGUGUGAACAGUGCAUGACAGCGGAUAUUUAAAGCUAUGUGUAUGAGCUGUGGAGUGCAGGGAGGCAGUCGGCCCACCGUGAGCAGUUUGGUUAGACACCAUAACAGGCAGGGAUUUGAAUAGAUGAUUUCCUUUCCAUUAUCACAGUCAGACACCACAAAACCUCAUAAUAGUCUAUUGUUUGUGAAUUUUAUUUUAGAAAUGCUUUGGAAUCAUUUUUCAAUCACAAUGCCUGGCCUAUCUUAUCUAAAUAAAGACAUUUUUUAAUAAAACAA